UGAAACUACGCCAUCCCUGGAAAUUUAUUUAUUGUUUACAAAUUGAGAAAUAUUUACAAAUACCGCGUAAUGGAUAUUCUCAAGGCAGAAAUAGCUCGCAAGCGAAAGCUUCUCGAGCAAAAGCAGCUGGUGGACGAUAAAAAAAAGUAUUUUAGGCGCGGCGAUCUCAACGCUAAGGACACAGAAGAAGUUCUGCAAAAAGUGGGCUACAAGAAGCAAGAAUCUGUGGAGGCAAAGGGCCAAACAAGCGAGGGCGCCUACAGCUUUGUAGCCGAUGGCCAAAACAUCCUGCCCCGCACGGAAGUUAUCCGACGACUCAGGGAACGAGGCGAACCCAUUCUCAUAUUCGGAGAAACAGAGCCAGAAGCCUUCGAGAGGUUGCGCCAGUGCGAGAUCUCCCAGCCGGAGGCAAACAGAGGGUUCAGGAACGACUUCCAAGAGGCCAUGGAACAGGUCGAUGCCGCCUAUCUGCAGGAGAUGUUUGCCAAUACACCAACCGCCAAGGAAGAUAAAAAGUCGGACUUCGCAGAGUUGGACGAGACUGUUUCGUGGGAAAGCAUCCAGACAAUGGCUCAAAAGAUGGGUCGCAACAAGGAUUACGACAUGGAUGUAAUCAUCACACUUCUGACAUUUUUGCUGAAACUGUGGAACGACCAAAUAGCCAACUACAGCAAACACGAAAAAAUGUCCACCAAAGUGAAAAUGACGCGCGUCAUUUACACGCAGACAAAGGAGUAUGUGAAACCUCUCUUCCGCAAGCUGAAGCACCACACCUUGCCCGAGGACAUCCUGGACAGUCUGCGAGAUAUCUGCAAACACCUGCUCAACCGUAACUACAUCACGGCAAGUGAUGCCUAUCUGGAGAUGGCAAUAGGCAACGCUCCGUGGCCUAUUGGUGUCACCAUGGUGGGUAUUCACGCUCGUACGGGUCGCGAAAAGAUCUUCUCCAAAAACGUGGCCCACGUUAUGAAUGACGAGACUCAGCGCAAAUAUAUCCAAGGCCUCAAGCGACUGAUGACCAAAUGCCAAGAGUACUUCCCAACGGAUCCCUCCAAGUGCGUGGAAUAUGUCAGCAAGAAAGAUCGCGAAUAGACUUCAUUUGUAAAUUAUUUUUAAUUUUAAUAUCAACACCGUAUUUGUAAUAUCAACACCAGAGAGCAAAAGUUGGGUAUCAGACACAAAACAUAGACUUAUUUCUUUCCUAGUUCAGCCGA